AGAAGAAAGAGUGUGCUGAUGAUUGGCUCAGAGCAGCUAUGACGUCACUGCAAAACUGUGAACAGAUGUGCAGCCCCUGAAGUUGCAUGUCAUUUGAGGAACGUAUUAAGGGGAAGUAACUUUAGUCGACCCGGAAUGGAGAUUGCCAUGACGUACAGCGGCCUUUCAUUAAACAGGAUGUGACUAUCUUCUGACCUACAUAUUGGUAAACCUGAGAGAAGGACGACGUCAGAAGAAGGGUCGGACACUUUGGCCUGAACUGAAUAUUGUGUGUUUCUUAUUUGUUGUGUUUGUCAUCGUUUGAAAUGUCUGAGAAAACUGGAGAUCAGCCGCCGCCAUAUGGCACAGAAACUGGUUACAAAGGGGAUGAUCAGGGAACCCCAUCACAAUUGCCCCCUGGGUAUUCUACUCCAGGUCAGGGAUAUUCGGGUCAGGGAUAUUCGGGUCAGGGAUAUUCAGGCCCAUCAGCCCCUCCAGGAUAUCCCCCUGCACCCCAGGGCUAUGGGCAGCAAUAUGGAUACACCACAGCAGCGUACACCACAGCUGGAUACAACACGGUGGUACAGCCAGGGGUCAUGCAGACACAGGCUGCCCCUCCAGACCACUUCUGCCUGGCUGUGUUUGUCACACUUUGCUGUUUCUGGCCUACUGGAAUAUUGGCCAUCAUGAAGGCUAGUGAUGCGCGGUCUUCAGUUGCCCGUGGUGAUAUGACUACUGCCCACUCUCAAGCCCGCUCCGCCAAGCAGAUGAUUAAUGUCAGCAUUGGCAUCGGCAUUGCCAGCAUCAUCUUGGUGGCCAUUAUCGUUGGAGUCUAUGUUGGGGUUAUUCUGCAUAACCUCGACUUUGACUGAGUCAGUCAUAAUAAACCAGCUUUCACAGUUAAUGAAAAUCCAAAAUUUUAUUUUUUUUUUGCAGAAUAAGGUCAUAUCUGUGAUUUAAUAUUGUGUUCACACAUAUUGUGAAUAUGUUUUUAAUAAGUUUAAUUGGUGAUAAAAUAAACAUUUUUACACACUAAAAAUGUAAUAAAAGGUAAUGUUGUUUAGUUUUUCAAACUUACUCAUUACAGAUUGAAGAAUCCAUAGCUUUUUUCAAACUUAUUUGAUGACUGAUGUGUGUUAUUGGUGAUUAAGUAAAUAUUUGUGGACACUAAAAAUUAAGAUUAAGUUAUUAAAGGCGAACUGCAUUUUUGAUCUGAAAUGGAACCAAAUUAAAUACCUUCUGAUGAUUGUGUUACAUUUUUCUGCUAUUAUGUGUGGCUGUAAACAUGGUGUAGUUUAUUUUUGGCCAGAAACAAACUGUAUAAAUAUGGACUGUCUAUAAUUUGCUCAAUACACCAUGUCUUGUUCCCCUUGGAUUUUCUUAAGUGAUUUGAAAGUGGUGUUGAUCCUUUAUCUGACCGCAAAUUAUGUCUCAAAAACAUGUACAUGAACGACUGUUACUGCUAUUGAUUGUUACUGCUAAUAACGUUUUAAAAACAAAAGGAGAAGGCAAUGGACAUUUUCCAUACAAUGUCACACAUGACAGAUGUAAGGAUUUAUAUUAAAAAUAUUAAGCAAAUUAUUUUCACAGCGAAGUCUAGUGACAACAACUUUUUGUGAAAAGCUGUUUGCCUUAAAGUGUUGCAUAUUGUUUUUGUUGGUGCAUUAAUUUACAUACCAGUUUUAUAUACUUAUAUCACAUGUGUAUGAUUUAGCCUUUUAUGCUCCCUCAGUUUUAAGUAUCCAUGUGGUUAAAAUGUGUGUUGUGAAUUUUCUAAUCUGAUAUCCCAGGAAUAUCUUAACAUGGCUGAUGGACCAUUUACCAUUGAUGCACAUACCUAUUCCGUCUUGAAGAAUCAUUCCGUCAGUAAUUUUUACCUAAAGAUGGAUGUCACCUCAGAAAUGUUGUGUGGUGACUGAAUUGAUGUAAUGUAAAUUUCCAAAGUCCUUUUGCAUUGUUUUACCUCAAUUUUUACCUGACAGCUUUAACACUGAGAUUUUUAGAGUGCUUUUGCAUAGAUCAUUUUCUUUGUAAGAGUUGUGUAUUUUGUGAUAUUUUUAAUUUUAUCUGUUAUGAGGAGACUUGUGUUUAAUACUACGAAUGUUACAACCAGACAUGGCCUUAAAUUUACCGUAAAACUUUACUUGUAUCCAUAGUCUAUAUUUUGAUCCAUGAAAACUGUAACAUAAUUAUUGUUCACACAUGUAAUAGUGGUGUAAUUUUGCUUUGUUGCCAGUGUUUAUGUUAUAUAGUAAUGUAUUACACUGUAAAUAAAGGGUGUAAACAGCAUAUCGCUUAUAA